GCUCCUGCGCUCCGAGCAGGAACAAGGUCGUUGAGACUCGGGUUUUCGGUCGGGCCUCCGCCAUUUGUCUUUCUUUGGGUCUCUGCGUUGUUUCGCAGAGCUUCUGACAGCGCUAUGCUGGGGCAGAGCAUCCGGAGGUUCACGACCUCUGUGGUCCGUAGGAGCCACUAUGAGGAGGGCCCAGGGAAGAAUUUGCCCUUUUCCGUGGAAAACAAAUGGCGGCUGUUAGUUAUGAUGACUCUUUACUUGGGAUCCGGAUUUGCUGCACCUUUCUUCAUAGUGAGACACCAGCUGCUUAAGAAAUGAGGACUCGGCUCAUCUGUGAAGCAGAUAUGAAGAGGAACAUUUCAAGAAAUCUUGUCUCUAAAAAAAAACUGAACUCAACAUAUUAAAAGUAUUUGUAAAUCAAAUGAUAUGAACCCUC